CUCCAUCAACUUUCCUAAUCCAUUUGUCAAUUCCAUCAUAAAUACACAAGAUUUUUUUGGAUACCCUCUUGUUUUUAUUAUUAUUUUUAUAUUUUUCAUCCCCCAAGCUUAUGGUAGUAUCUGUAUAAUCCCAUCAUAUUUUGUCCUCCUCCUCUCUCAAGAUGAGCCAUUCAGCUACACCUUAGCAUAUCUGUAGUUUCAGACUUCUAUGAAGUUUAUAUAAACAAGUGAAAGCAAAGAUAUCGAUGGAUACCAUUCCGUGAGGUGACGAUAGAUGUGUCUUAGUAUCGAUACUUCCAACUUGAACCAUGAAAUUCAUUUCAUGCAUGGAAACAAGAAUAUCAUCAAACCAGUCUGUCCUUUCAAAAAAAGAAGAUUACUAGUACCCUGUCUUUCAAUUCCUUCCUUCUCUUUGACUUCAUUUUAUACCUUAAAAUUUUCAUAGAAGCUCCCCAAGAUUCUGGUAAUUUCUCUGUAACUCCAUCAUAUUUUGUUACUAUUUCUUCAAGAUAAGACAUUCAGCUACUCCUCAGAUCUUCUGCUUCAAACUUCUGUGAAAUCUAUAAAAAGAAGUAUGCAGAAAGUUUGGAUGUAUGAAGAGUAUGGUUCCAAGGAAGUGCUCAAGCUAGGAGACUUGGCAAUUCCUACUCCCAAACAGUACCAAUUGCUUGUCCAAGUUAAAGCAUCUGCUUUAAAUCCUAUUGAUUUCAAGCUGCGCCAACAACCCAUUGUUCCUAUAGAUUUCCCUGUGAUCCCGGGAUGCGAUAUGGCCGGAGUUGUGGUGGUGAAAGGAGGCGACGUAUCGAGAUUUGACAUCGGAGAUGAGGUGUAUGGGAACAUACAAGAUUUCACUGCAGAAGGGAAGAUGAGGCAGCUUGGGACACUGGCAGAAUUCAUUGUUGUAGAGGAAAAUUUGGUGGCUGCAAAGCCGAAAAACGUUUCGUUUGAGGAAGCAGCAAGCUUGCCUUUGGCAGUUCAAACAGCAGUUGAAGGUUUCAAAAUUGUGGGGUUUAGAGAGGGUCAGACUGUUUUCGUGGUUGGCGGAGCCGGUGGCGUCGGAACACUGGUUGUUCAGCUGGCUAAGCAAAUGUAUGGAGCUUCUGUGGUGGCGGCAACAACUAGUACUUCAAAGGUGGAGUUUGUGAAGAGCUUGGGUGCAGAUAAGGUUGUUGACUACAACAAGACUAGAUAUGAAGAGGUUGAGGAGAAAUAUGAUCUUGUUUAUGACACAAUUGGUGACUCCAAGAACUCAUUUGUGGUAGCAAAGGAAGAUGCACCAAUCAUUGACAUAACAUGGCCUCCAUCAAACCCAAAAGCAGUCCAUUCAAGCUUGACAGUUUCUGGGGAAAUUUUAGAAAAGCUUAGCCCAUACCUAGAGGCUGGAAAGCUAAAGGCAGUGAUUGAUCCAACAGGUCCUUAUCAUUUUUCUCAUGUUAUUCAAGCUUUUCGACACUUAGAAACUGGAAGAGCCAGAGGAAAAGUUGUCAUAUCUCACUUCCCUUCCCACCAUCCUCCCUGUUUCAAACAGUGAAUAUAUAUGAUCAGUGUAUGUAAUGUAAAACCUGAAAUGGCUGCACAGAAAAUUUAAUGUGUUGGAGUUGUAAAAACACGUUAACGGUAGAAGCCUCGUAAAUUUUUUCGACUCUUGGAGUUGUUGGUUUUUCGAACGUUUAAAUGUUUAGCUU